AUGGCUGAACCAAAAUUGUGCUACCAAUUGCCAAUACAAUUGUUGGACAUAUUUAUUCAAAGGGAAAAGGAGCUUUUAGGUGAACUGCUGUCCAUAGGUGAUAUGUGUGGAAACUGGCAAAAUAAACAGUUGGACUUGUCGAGUAUAAAUGUAUCACUCUUAAAACACUAUUGUCAUUCAAAAAGAUGUUUGCAGCAAGCGGAACAUGCUUAUUUUAAAGCGAGUUGUAAAAAGGACGAUUCCAGUUUGGAAUUUGCGCCCGUGAAUCUCCACCUUCAACGAAUGUGGGUGCAUAAUGAUACAUUAAACAAAACUGGAUAUCACGAUAUAAUAACUGCAGGAGCGUUUGCUGCUCACUCACAUAAGUCAGAAAGAACCGGGGGACUCAUUAGAUUAGUUCAACAAGUGAAAGAUAUAAAUAGUACGAAGGCGGCCCUACAUUCGGCAGCGUCUAAUAGAAUUCAAUCGGAAUAUGACAGUGUGAUGACUUUAAGAAAUUUCAGAGAUGAAAUUGUAACGGAUAUGGAUCGUAUUAUUGUUCUAAUACAGGCUAAGCAGUAUAUAGAAGCACGGCAUAUUACAGAAGUUAUUAAAACAAAAACAAGGAGCAUGCUGACGCUAUGGGAACCGGGAGUGAUUGAAGAAUCGUUGACCAUUAUUGGUUGGCCAAAACAAAAUUGCACUUCUGAAAAUCCGACAAUUACUACUAUAUUGCAAUUGACAGAACAACUUAGUAUGUUUGGCACCAAUUCCGACUGUGACACAUUUGAUGCAUCGUCAAGCUCCAGUUCAAAAGAGACAACGCCCACCGUCGAAACACCCUCUUUGUCUUCGAGUGUACCAAACGUGUGCCAAAACCGUUUAAUAUCAAAAGAAUCCAUAAAGAACAUUCUCGAUGCGUCGGAUUUAAAAUUCGACAGUGAUUACUUCAACAGCGAAGAACGUAAAAAUCUCAAUCACUCGUUUAGGUCUGUUCGGUCACCGGUCAUGACGAGAAUGAACGAUUUAAACUCAUUUGAUUCUAAUAGACCGAGGCAUGGGAGUUUGAGGCACGAUUUUAAGAACACGUCCCUAGAGCAAAUUUCUUAUAGAUCCUUGGUGGAAAACUUGAGCGGAAGUGAUAAACGAAAGACGGCAACGAGGGAGACUUCUCUUCCUAGCAUCGGUCCAAUCGAUUCAGCAACACGUGAAAAUAAUUUGGCUUAUUUACAUAGCUUUGGUGUUGACUUUGAAGCCUGUCUGGCGACCGUGGUUGAAGCUGUCAUCAAGAUUAUUGACACUAAUAAAGAGCCUCAGGAAGACGAAUUAGAUACACUAAGAUCACUUGCCGAGGAUUUUAAAGUCAAGGCGGAAUCUUUAACGCACUGGGCUCGAAUAUCACACGCGGCUUUACGCAUACGUUGCGAAUCACCUAUUUGGGCAAGAAACAAUGCUGCUCUUCAAACUAGAAGGGACACAUGCUUCUCACAAGCGUUGACUACGGUGACGGCCGGUCUACUAUGUUGGUUCAAUUCAGUCUCACAUGAAACAGUUGUGAAGCUGUUGACGUCAGAACUUGGGCCUUUGUGUGGCUUUGAAGGAUUAUUAAGUUUAUAUUCUACGGAAAAGGCGAUGUGGGGUGAUAUGGUUGUGGCUGUGGAGGAUUUGCAAACCGUGCUUUUUAAAUUGAACAAAGUUGGACACAGUAUGACAGCAAUGCCUCAAGUUUCUGGUUCACGAGGAAAUUUAACAGUCACUAUCCCUAUAUCAGAUGCGCUUUAUUCGAAGUUUACUAAAAAGAGUACUGUAACAAUUCAUCCAGACAUUCGCUUUUCUAAAGAUUUUUAUCAUUUGAACUUUACAAUAACUGCGGUGUUCUUCAAUAUUGGCAUUAACGAAAAGGCGACAUUAGCGGAAGCGUUAGGCGAGACUACGCCCCAGUAUCAAUCGAAUAAUGAUAAUUUGGAUCGACUUAAUAAAUACUACUAUAAAUAUACGAAAAUAUUUCCUGUGGACUAUUUGGGAGCUAAUCGAACGUCAUCAAGAAUUAAGCCCCUAGAAGAGGUAAUGGAGAAUUUAAAAAAAGAAGUACACAAGAAAGUGCCAAAAAAUGUCGAAGUACUUCACUUAGCCGCAUUAGCUACUAGGCAUAUGAAUGGUAUAAGAUUUACGUCGUGUAAAAGCGCUAAGGACAGGACUGGAAUGUCCGUAACGUAUGAGCAAUGUUCAAUACUGUCUACCGAAUAUCAUUUGGCUGAACAUGAAAUGAAGAAAGCUUUAAAUAUUAUGAGAAGCGAGGGAUGUCGCAGAGAGAAUACAUACAAAAAUAUUGGUGUGAAGAAAUAUGCUUUUACGAAGAAACAAGUUAUGGCUUUACCAGAAGAGUAUAGGCCGCCUACUGGGACCUAUGGCUCGACUCAGACUUAA